ACAUAUGUACUCAUCUAUAUCUGCUCCGCCUGCAACCUGCUUGUUCUGCCUCCCUUCCUCCCUCCUCGCUUUCUGCCAAAACUCCCUUCCUUGGUCCAUCACAUAUAUACAUACUCAACAACCCACCCUCUUUAUAUUAUCCUUCCCUUGCUUAUUUGCUUGUCUACAUACAGCACUGCAGACCCUCUCUCUCCCCACUUUGGCUAUAUUCCAUACAUAUCCUCCCCACCCACCCAACUACCUGGCCUGCCCGCCCGAGCCGCUUUUAUACACGCACCCAUCCAUCCAUACAGUACAUACAUACAGUACUUCCCCCUCGUGUGUAAUCGUCCUCCCCGCCCCGGCCCUUCUUUCUGGCUUCCAUUGUUCUCUGCGCACUGUCGUUUUCCUGUGCAACGAGCUCGACGCGCGCAAGGGCUCGGGCGCGAACCUGCCAUUGAGACACACGGUGACGCUCGUUGAUCCUCUGACUCUCGGUUUUUAUUGUUUUAUUCUUUGCACCCCUGCACAGACAGCAACAAGACGACGCAGGUGAAGACACGGCCAUCACAUGUACUGCUGCUCGUCUGCUGCUGCUGCUGCUGCUGCUGCUGCACUGCAUCCGUCGUCUUCCUUUUCUGCUUCAGCACCACCCGCCGCCUGCUCUUCUCCCACAUGGCAAAGGUCAAAUCAACAGCGCCAUGCUCGCAUGCCGACUGCAUACUUGCCUACUCCAUCCCCUUGUCAACCAUGACCGGCAUGAGCCAACCAGGAAUGCUGACCCGUCUCGCUGCAGGCGAAAAUACUUUUCGAGCGUCGAGCGUCUGCGCAUUGAGGAGGAGCACGUCCUGCACGAACAGCGCCAGCACGAGCAUGGUGCCUCGUCGCGUCAAUCCUCCCGUGCCAACUCCAUAGCUCUGCACCGCUCCCUGACUCUGACCGUGAGGGCACGUCGCCGACUAAGAAAGCCCCAGCCCCAAAACCAUCACGCCGCCCAGGCCGAUGCUCAAUUCUUCCUGUCCCUCCCCGAAAAAGUCCAACGCUCUGCUUUCUCCAGAGAAGAGCAGAUUCUCCUCGCCGGCAGCUGCUCCUCGCCUCAAACUCCUAGCCAUCACGAUCCACACCCGCACCAGACUCCAAGUGCCACUCCUUUUUCCGACUUCCAGUUCGACUUCACCCCCGUUCGUGGUCGUUCCCUGAGGCGUUCGUCAUCGGCUGCCUCGCUCUCUCGCUCCCCUGUCUCCCCCACCCGAGCCUCCAUCAACCCCUCCUCCAUGCGAGCCCAAGAAGAUACCGACAGCAGUGUGCUCUACUUGGACAGGAUGAGUUCUGCAUCCAACAUCCAACCGUCGUCCGGAAGCAGUAGAAGGGCCAGGUCGCUUACCCACCUUCCACCUCCCGUCCGCAGCUCCAUUUCUUCAAACAACUCUCUGCCCCGCUCGCAGUCUUCGACGCGCGCGAACCUGUCCUGGCACCAGCGCUCUCAUUCCUACUCUUUGUCCAUAUCCGGCCGACGCUCAUCGCAAUUGCCAGUGGCUCCCGUAUUCGAUUCCGAGGCCUCUCACUAUCGGGAUCCAGAGGCCAGGAAAAAGCUUCGCACCUACUUUACUUCUCCGCAGAAGUUUGAUGAAGCUGUGGAAUUCGGCUUUGCACCAAUUGCAGACAAGGAUAGCAAAGCAAACCACUAUUCGCUCCCUCCCAUUGCUACCGAUGCUCAGAAUUUCAGCCGCGAUAUGCAGACAUUCUUGAGGGACGACACAAUUUCCUUUCUGGAAGAUCUGGACGAUGAUGACAAGAGCCUGAGAUCCGAUCAUGGAUCCAUGGCAGACGAUGAGUCGCCCAUCACUCCUUCCAGCGGACAGUCCUUCCGCUGCCAUACCCGCCAGCAAUCGUCCAACUUCUCGUCUAUUGACUCCAACGGUCUACCUCCGCAUCAUCCCCUGUCCAGCCGCUUCAAUCGCGAGAUGACUUUGCGCAUGACCCUCACUCGGCCAGACCUGAGAGCUGACGAGGAGCAACUGUACGGCUGGCAAAGCAACAAAAGCAUAAAAGACGACCCAUUUGCUCUGGAGGAACUGCAACUCACAGAUGACAUGAAUGGAACAAAGGGCCCAUUCUACGUAAAGCCAAAGCCACACGGCAAUCUCGUUUCGCGCCUGUUCAAGCGCGCAAGUCGAAAAAGCCGGUAGAUGCACUCACUACACUACCUUGCGUACGACAUGUCCAGCGGGGCUACGAUGGGUCUUGUGUUUUUCUUUUCCGGUUCACUUCUCAGCAUCCCAACGUUCAUAAUACGACUUUAACGAUGCAACGUGCAUGCAGCAUUUUCCAGCGGGCGUUUGAUUUUUAUUGGUGCUUACCAAGAGACUCGCGGAUGGACCGAAUUAAUCUCCUUUGUCUUUUUCCUUUUCUUCAAAACAUGUACGAUAUGAUACCACUUUUUUUUUCUACGAGUCAUCAGCGCGUUAAUGCGCCUUUUCGAAUGCCAUCAGAUGAAAUCUCCCCCCUUUUUUUUGUCCAUCAAGGGGAUCAGCAUACUAGCAUCUUUCCAAGUUGUGUUAAUGACUGCGCGCAUAUAGCGCUGGGAUUCGUCGAAGGCGAAAACAUCAACAUGACGUGGUCCUAUAGAAUCGUUGUUUGUGCGGCUGAUGGCGACGAGCGAGAGAGAGGAAUGGAUACCCAGAGCUUAACAAAGAUAGCCUUCCACCCAAUCCAAACAGAUAGGAUCCAGCCAACAUGGCGAAUAAUCAUGAACUGAUCAGCAUAUCUGCGUCUACACUUUCCUUUCGCCCGGUUUCCUAGUUGGGCGGGGUUUUUCAUGCGUGGAGAUGAAUAGCAUGUAAUACCAGUCAAUCACGCACGCUUCCUGUGGCGUGCGUGCGUCUUGUCUGCAUCUGCAUGUUGAUUGAUUUGAUCACAACAUGCAUUUGCCCACGCUAAUACCACAACUGAACAGUACUCUUCUGUAACAAGCACUUCGCGUGGUUU